AUGGAGAAAGCUGAAGCCACACGUCGGUCUUCCUCCGAGGAUGCCCAAUCACAUUCGAAUGCCGAGAAACAGGUUGAGGAGGCUCCUGUCGCUAUACUAGACAUUCCCGACCCCGAUGAAGGACUGUCGGAGGAGGAAAGGAAAGCAAUCGACCGCAAGCUUCUCUGGAAGCUAGACCUAAAGUUGAUCCCUUGGUUGACCUUGCUGUAUCUGAUCUCGUUUUUGGACCGUACGAAUAUUGGAAAUGCGAAGCUGGAUGGCCUUCAAGAAGAUCUCCACAUGACGAGUAAUCAGUACAACGAUACCUUGACAAUCUUCUUCAUCUCUUACUCGCUCUUUGAGCCUCUGACUCAGAUCCUGUUGAAGAAGUUCCGCCCCUCGAUUUUCUUACCUACGAUCAUGUUACUUUGGGGGAUUGUGAUGGUCACAAUGGGACUUGUACACGACUUUUCAGGUCUAAUGGCUGCUCGAUGGUUCCUCGGUCUCGCGGAAGCAGGACUAUUCCCUGGCGUCAACUACUACCUCAGCUGCUGGUAUCGACGAUCAGAAUUCGGUAUUCGAGCUGCCGUAUUCUUCAGCGCUGCAGCACUUGCAGGCUCUUUUGGUGGAUUGCUCGCUGCAGCCAUUGUCAAUAUGGGAGGAGUCGGUGGCAAACCCGGCUGGGCGUGGAUCUUUAUUCUCGAAGGCCUAGCGACUGUCAUCGUUGGCAUCGUCUCAUUCUGGAUGAUUCACGACUUCCCCGAUGAGGCCAAGUUCCUCUCCGAUGAUGACCGUCGACGAGUUCUCCGCAGACUGAAACUUGACCAGCAAUCAAGUGCCGAGCAUGAAGAGUUCAAGCUUGAUUACCUUUGGGCCAGUUUGAAAGACUGGAAGACCUAUACUGGAAUGAUGAUUUACAUGGGUUGCGAUGGAGCAUUAUAUGCGUUCUCUUUAUUCCUGCCAACAAUUGUACAGCAGAUGGGGUACAAGAACGUUCACGCACAGUUACUAAGCGUGCCGCCAUACGCUGUUGCAGCUGUCAUGACCAUCUUCAUCGGCUUCGUAGCUGACAGGACUAGAAUGAGAGGAUAUUGCAACAUGGUGAUGUCCCUAUUCGGAAUAGCAGGCUUUUCUAUGUUACUGGGAUCUGCAAAUCCACACGUCCAAUAUGGAGGAGUGUUCCUGGGAGCCAUGGGUAUCUAUCCCUGUAUCUCCAACACGAUAUCCUGGACGGCGAACAACGUUGAAGGUGUAUACAAACGAGGUAUUUCGCUCGGGUUUGUCAUCGGAUGGGGUAAUCUCAACGGGAUUGUGUCUUCAAACAUCUAUCGAACAGCAGACAAACCGCGAUUUAAGCCUGGUCAUUCUGUGGUGUUGGCAUAUGAAGCACUCUUCUUACUCGGUGGAAGUGUUCUUCAACACGUACUUCUUCGUCGAGAAAACGCCAAACGCCGUGCAGGCGAGAGAGAUGUUUGGAUCGAGGGCAAGACCGAGGCCGAGAUCGAUAAGUUGGGCGACAAGAGGCCUGAUUUCUUGUACACGUUGUGA